AUGGGUGUGAAUCAUGAUGGAAAUCUGGAAGUAUUGGAUAUAUCAAAGAUGGAUGAUUUAACAAUUGCUACGCAAAUGGAUGUUCAUGGCAAGGAUGGUACACAAUGUAAAUCCAUAUUAGGUAUGGAAUUUGACUCUAAACAAUCAACUUAUGAAUUUUAUAAUUCUUAUGGAGGAAGAGUUGGAUUUAGUAUUAGAAAAGAAUAUUCUCACAAAAGUAAGAGCGGUGAAAUUAAUACAAGGACAUUUGUUUGUUCUAAGGAGGGUCUUAGAAAAUUUGAUAAAAGAGAUUUUGCUGUAAGGAUUCCUAGGGCAGAGACAAGGACCGGUUGUGGUGCUUUGAUGAGGAUUAAAUUAAUCAGGCAAAUUGGGAAGUAUAGAGUUAUCAAUUUUGUAGAAACACACAACCAUCCCCUUGUAGUAAGUGCAUGUGCUCAUAUGCUUUCCUCCCAAAGAAAAAUUUCCACCUCUCAAUAUAUUGAAAUAGAUUUGGCAAAUGACUGUGGGAUACCUCUUAGGUCAUCCUAUGAGUUAAUGGGUAGAGAAGCAGGUGGAAGGGAAUGUGUUGGGUUUUUGAAAAAAGGUCAAGAGGCAUUUCACACCCAUGUUUGCAAGUCCAUGAUUCAUUGA